GUUAAUAAGAAGACACCCCCCGGAAACUGUUAAUAAGAAGACACCCCCCCAUAUUAUUUUGGGGUAUUAUUAUUAUUAUGGGUAUUGACAGUAAUCAGUAAGACUGGAGGCCUGUAAUUUUUGCUGUUAUAAUUAUUUUCAACAAUUACCAUUGAAAUAUUAGUCGUGAUGAGAGACAGAAAGAAUACUUGGUACUUAUACCAAUAGAGGGCGCUGAUGACCAGUGGUAGGGGAAAAACACCCGCGAAAGCACAGAACUAGAACGCCACUGCUCGGGGUGUUGAGCUGCACUGUCGCAGCGUGUAUUCUGUUCUCUAAUGAUUAAUAUGUCUUGUAAUUAAUUACAGGUAAGCAAAUGAAUAUGAGCCGAAUGAAAUAGUGAGAUUUGAAUGUUAGAUGAGUCGUAGGUUACGUGGGGAAGUUGGCCGUAAGCCCCAGUAAUAAGAGUUUUUGGUUGAAGCGUUCACUAGUUAGCCGCAGCGCUAAAUAGGCUAAGGCUAGCAUGUGUGAAGUAUGCAAAGCUAAAAGCAUUAUAAGUACGGCUCAGACGGUUUGGGUUUUGUAUUCAUCUGUGUUGAAAUGUGGCAUGGUUACAAAGCAUAAAGACAACGGUAUUGUUUUGUAUCUGUAUUAAUUUGUGUACAUAAUGUUCGGGUUGAUUUUGUAACAGAGCUAGAGCGUCACUGCUCAGGGUGUUGCACUGUCGCAGCAUGUAUUCUGUUCUCUAAUGAUUAAUAUGUCUUUUAAUUAAUUACAGAUAAAGACAACUGUGAAUAAAUAAAAAAGCUACAUCACCCCAAACAUGCAUUACUCAUUUUAAUGUGUGCAACAAAUAUUGGUGCCGAAACCUGGGAUCAGCGGUGCCAUUGAAGGGAAAAGUGAAGCAGUGGAGUCGACACACGAGCCAUGAUGGCGCUGGAGGAACUGCAGGAUGAGCUGAAUGAGAUCCUGGUGCAGUUAACAGUUGACCAAUUAAAAGAGCUGCAGGGCGGCCCUCGUGGCCGAAAUGCCACUGUGUGCCCUGGCAGUCAGUGGGGGAUCCUGAGGGGCAGGAGGAGCCCAUCGAGUGCAGCAGGCACAACCUCAAGCAUUCUGACCAAAACAUGAACCUAUGUUGGACCGAGAUCAAGCGCAAAUCCCACAACAUCAGGGUGCGUCUGGAGGCCUUCUCAGACAACAGUGGGAAACUGCAGCUGUCACUGCACGAAAUCAUUGAAUGGCUGACAGCUAAAGAUGAGGAGCUAUCAGAGCAGCUGCCUAUAGGGGGUGAUGUUGGGGCUGUGCAGCACCAGCGUGAUUUCCACCAGGCCUUUAUGGAGGAUGUCAAGUCCAGAGGCCCCUUCAUCUACUCAGUGCUAGAGUCAGCCCAGGCCUUCCUAGCCCAACAUCCCUUCCAGGAACCUGACGAAAUGCUGCCAGAUGGCAAAGAAUUGUCUCCAAGGCGCCGGGUGCAGAAUGUGAGCCGCUCGGUUUGGAAGCAGGCCAACGUGGCCAGUGACCUGUGGGAGAAGCUGACAGCACGUUGUGUAGAUCGCCACCGUCACAUGGAGCGGACGCUUGAGCGGUUGUUGCAAGUGCAGGCAGCCAUGGAAGAGCUCUCCCAUGCUCUGGAGCAGGCUGAUGGUGUGAGAGAUGCCUGGGAGCCUGUGGGAGAUCUCUUCAUCGAUUCACUGCAGGACCAUAUUGAUGCAACAAAGCUGUUUAAGGAAGAGCUGACUCAAGUCAAGGAAGGCAUGAAGCACAUCAAUGACUUGGCCCACCAGCUAGCCAUUUCCGAUGUGCACUUGUCCAUGGAAAAUGCUCGUGCCCUUGAGCAGCUCAACAGCAGGUGGAAGCUGCUGCAGGGUUCUAUAGAAGAACGCAUGAAGCAGUUGCAGGAUGCUCACCGAGACUUUGGCCCUGGAUCACAGCACUUCCUCUCUAGUUCAGUGCAGAUACCUUGGGAGCGCGCUAUAUCUCCAAACAAAGUGCCAUACUACAUCAACCACCAGGCACAGACAACCUGCUGGGACCAUCCAAAGAUGACAGAGUUAUAUCAAGCACUGGCGGACCUGAACAACAUAAAGUUCUCAGCAUACCGGACGGCCAUGAAGCUACGGCGAGUGCAGAAGGCUCUAAAAUUGGACCUGCUGAAACUUACCAGCAUAGCUGAGGUAUUCAGAGAGCAGGACCUGCAACAUAGUGAAUACAUGAUGGAUGUCGUGGAGGUGAUCCACAUCCUCACUGCUCUGUAUGAGAAGCUGGAGGAGGAGCGAUCAGUGCUCAUCAAUAUCCCACUCUGCGUGGACAUGUGCCUCAACUGGUUGCUCAAUGUCUAUGACAGUGGUCGGAAUGGAAAGAUGCGGGUACUCUCCAUCAAGAUGGGCAUAGUUAGCUUGUGCAAUGCAGACAUCAAGGAGAAAUACAGAUACCUGUUUAGACAGGCAUGUGAGUCAAAUGGCCUGAUGGAUCAGAAGCACCUUAGCCUCCUUCUUCAUGAAGCCGUCCAGAUCCCUCGGCAGCUUGGUGAGGUGGCAGCCUUUGGGGGAAGUAAUGUGGAGCCCAGUGUCCAUAGCUGUUUCCGCAUGGCCCCAGGUAAGCCAUCUAUUGAAGUAACUCACUUCCUGGAUUGGGUGAGUCUCGAGCCACAAUCAAUGGUGUGGCUUCCAGUACUGCAUCGUGUGACCAUGGCUGAAUCUGCCAAGCACCAAGCUAGGUGCUACAUCUGUAAACAGUGCCCCAUUAAGGGCUUCAGAUACCGCAGUCUGAAACAGUUCAACGUGGAUAUUUGCCAGGCAUGUUUCCUGACUGGGCGAACAACCAAAGGCAAAAAGCUCCACUACCCCAUUAUGGAGUACUAUACCCUGACCACCUCAGGAGAGAAGAUGCGAGAUUUUGCAAAGACUCUAAAGAACAAGUUCAGAUCAAAGCAAUACUUUAGCAAGCACCCUCAGAGAGGCUACCUGCCCGUGCAAAUGGUCCUGGAAGCAGAGAGUGGUGAGACGCCAUGUUCCUCUCCCAGGCUACCACAUGCAGACACACACAACCGGAUCGAGCACUUCGCCAGCAGGCUGGCAGAAAUGGAAAACCAGAGCUGUUCCUUCUUCACUGACAGCCUCUCUCCUGAUGAAAGUCUGGAUGAAGAUCAGUACCUCCUGCGUCAUUCCAGCCCCGCCCUGGUACAUGACUGUCCACCAGGGCCACACUUCCUCACCCACCUUGACUGCCACAACAAAGAGGAACUGCAGCGAACACUGGCCCAUCUGGAAAACGAGAACAGGAUGCUGCAGGGUGAGUACCGGCGGCUGAAGUGGAAGCACGAGGAGGCUGCAGCAGCAACACCGCAGCUGGUGGAGGGCAUCUCAGGCUUGGGCUUGCCACUUGGACAGCAGGAUGAGGAGCUCCUGGCUGAGGCUCGAGUGCUGAGGCAACACAAGAGUCGCCUGGAGACACGCAUGCAGAUACUGGAGGAUCAUAACAAGCAGUUGGAGUCACAGCUCCAUAGACUCCGAGAGCUACUGCUGCAGCCCAAAGAUGACUCAGAGGCCACUGGGUCAGCUCCCUCUUCUCCUCUGUCGCCUGUGUCAGUGGUGUACCAAGGGGAGCUACUAAGCAAAGAGACCACAGACACUGAAGCCACAGGUGAAGAUUUGGAACCGGAGCAGGACACGGUGCUACAGCUACAGCAGGUGAUCGAGCAGCUGAGGAAUGUCUUCCCAUCUGAACCAACCCAAUGAGGAGGCACACAGAUUCCACAUUUCUCAGCUAAACCUGAAUUGGGUCCAGAAUAUGCAAGGCAGAAAAACAUAAAGCAGAUUUGGAGCACACUUUUUUGAUCUCCAACUGAAACUCAACGAAGAGAGCUGGAACAUUUCUGAGUGAUUCACUAAUGUCUUGUGGUGCCAAAGGCCAAUGCUUGAUCGGUACACUGUGUUAACCAGCUACCUGUAGUAGCAGCAGGUGUGUGUGGCUUCUCUAAUAUAGCACAAUGACCUCACCACCAACCUCGCACAGAGAUUAGCGGAACUUAUAUUCCUGUGCCAGCUACUUUGUACCUUUUUUAAUUGGUUACUAUUUUUCUGUUUAUUUCUUGCUCACGCAACACUGAAAUUGACACACACAUACACAAGCUGUUCAGGUCUUGUAUGAGGUCUUGGCGUCUGGAGCAAGUGGUUUUUUGGGUUUUUUCCCUGUAGGGUUGAUACAACAUCAGCAAAACCUAUCAUUUAUUCAAAAUGGAAUAGCACCUGGGAGGACAGCACCUGUGUUCUGACAACUCCAGCCGAACCCUCUCUCUCUCUCGCUCACUCAUAUUUCUUCCUCUUUCUCAUGUGGGUUUUACCUCUAUUAUUACAUUCACCCAUGCUUUUUGGACACAGUGAAAGGUCCAUUGGUGAGGGUGAUCUGAAUCACUGUGGUGCUAUGAAAGUGUUUGCUUGAAAAAUGUCAGCUCUCUGCUGUGCCCUGCAGAUGGAGGAUAACCUAGAACAGUGAUUCUCAACCUGGCACAGGGCCAGAAAAGAACACACAGGGUGCUGAAGUCUCUUUCAAAAAUAGGAAGAAGGGGUGCAUUUCACGUGAUGUUGUCAAAAUGUCUAACAAACAUGGCAGCAGCAGAAGGUGGGGCUGUACUCAGACAGCUACUUUAUAGUCUUACAGAAUGGUCUCAGCCAGAAUGUCUACUUUGCAACAUGAAGCUAGCUAACGAUAGCAUGAAGCCUAGCAAAAUGAAGAGUCAUUAGCAAAACAAAACACAGAGACCAUCAGUGAAAGUCUUACUUUUUUUUUUUAAGGAAAAGACAGCUGGCAUUAACAAAUAGACACGCAGACACCAGGAAAUAGCAGGAAGUGAUUUACACAGGGCUACAGAAGUAUAACUUGAAUGCUCAUGAUAUCAAAAUCCUAAAAAGCCACAUGGUACCAGAGAGCAUUUUGGAUGAAAAUUGUUGAAUAGCUGUGUGGCCCCCAGGUUGGGAAAGUUACUUUGAAAAUGUCGUUUUUCAAGGUCCAAGCUACUCAUAGUUUGAAGUAGUUAAGCUACAGUCAAACUACCCCUUUAAAGAAGUAGUUAGCUACACUACAAAUUACUAACAAAAAGUAGCUAACUACAUUGAAGGUACUUAAAUGGGCAACAUUUUUUGUAUGUCGUGAUUGUGAAUAAGCUUAUUAAUAACUGUGCAUAAUUUAUCAUAAAGAAAUUAAACACAAUUUAAUGAUAAUUCACAACAAUUAUGAAUUUAUACAGUCUUGGUUUAUUUAUAGACUAUCCAAAAAUACAGUUAACACUGUAUAUUACACUAAAAGUGAGAGAUUUAAGUGAGACAGUAUAUGUCAAAUUCAAGCUCAAAGUGAGUUACUGUGAAAGUGAGAUUUUAAAGAAUGUAUAAUUAUUAGGGCUGUCAAUCCAUUAAAAAAUUAACUAAUCAAUUGUGAUUAAUCUUUUUUUCUUCGUCAGAUGAAGCUUUUAAUGGAUAUUUAAAUGUAAAAUUACAGAACUAAAAUGGAAUCAACACAAAUUAAGUAUAUUUAAAUUAAAAUACUAUUGCUUAAUAGCAUAUUUUUUUAAACUUGGAAAACAGAUUCUCUCCUGUGACAGAUUUCCAAUAAAACCAUCAAUGCCUCUCAAAAUUGACUGUUGGCUUGAAAGGCAUAUUUCUUAUAUGUACUAACAGGAAUAAUAACAAAACCCAGACAUAUAUGUUAACAUGCCAGUUGAACUUCAAAACUAUCAAAGCCAUUAAAAUUAGCUUAGAAGGCAAUAAUGUCUUAUAUGCACUAAUAUAAAUUAAAAUUAACACCAAAAGUUGUGUUCCAAGUUCAAGUGUUUUUAACUAUCCAGUUAGCCAAAGCAUUAGUUACCUUCCCAGUUACAGAUUAAUUCACCCACAUUAUUCACCCAUGAUUACCACACUCCUGUAAUAUAGAUUGGCGAGGCCCCGUAGAGAGUGUUUCAGUAGGGUGUUUUGCUUUGAGGUGAUAUGUCAACUUCUGUGGUAAUUAAAAUUGGCGUUGCAAACUGCGCAGAUUACAUUUGUUUUUGCCAAAGAUCCAUCACGAAACUUUUUAAAGUGAAACUUUCCCCCUAAAACUCCAUCCAUAUCCUCUUCUAUCUUUAGCCAUGAAGGUUUGGUUUGGUGGCAUACGUCCCAAGUCAUAGGUCCGCCGCCACAGGAAGUAAUCAAAACACAGCUGCGUUAAUUGCGUAAAAAUCAAUCACUCGACAUGCACUGAUAAUCUGAAUUAUUUUAUUUUAUUUUAUUUGUAAGUAAAUGUUGUGUUGCUUGUUAACAACAAAGUGGCAGUAAUAUUCUUUGUAUCAGAGAAUAAACUCCAGUGUUAAUUUAUUAUGGUAUUAUCAUUCAUAAGCCCCAUACAUCACAUAACAAACUGUGGUUGGU